GGCAUUUUGUUGCUUGAUCGAUAUGCACAGGUCAAAAUAGAAAACCCUAAGCAGCAGUUAUAUAUUUAUUUCAUAGUGCAAAGCCGAAAUAAUGGAAAACGAAAAUAAGAAGUCCCUCCUGCAGAAGUAUAACAUACCCUUGCACCACUUGGACUUUGCCUACGUGGAGAAGUGCACCAAUGGUCGGGAAAUGGAGAAAAUUGUGCAAAUCCUGCGGUCUGGCGAAGAAGGUUUCUACCCUGACUUGCUACGCUGUUCGGAGGAGAAACUGAAGGAACUGAAACCGGAUAGUAGACUGUUUCGCUACGAGGAACAGAUUAAGCACAGUAAUGUCUUGGACAAAAAUGAACUCAAACCCAUCCUGGAUUGGACUGAGGCUGUUAAAUCGAAGGACAGUGCCUUGAGCGAGCUGAAGAAGUCUCAGCAGAAAUUGGAUCUUCCCUCGGUACGCAAACCCUCGAAAAUCGAUUUGGAAAAACAGAAAACCGAGACACCAAAGCCUGCGGCUAAGACACCUACUCCGUCCAAGGCUAGGAUCAAGGAUGACAGGAUUAAGUCCACAGAUUACCGUAAGUGGGAUAAGUACGAUCCCGAUGAGGAGAUACUGCGCAUGGAUCUGGACGAGGAGCGCAGCAAGGAGCAGGCCGAGCAGAGGGCUUCUAGUCAAAGGAAAUUGUCCACCGAAGAUGAGUUGAAGAACGAGAAGGCCUCCCUGUACAAGCGCCUUCAAACUCAGCUGAAGAACCUAAGCCAAGUGGAACGGGAACAGUACGCAGAGAGGCACCGCCUCAAAGGAAAUGAGUGCUUCAAAGCCAAGGAAUUUGAUAACGCCAUUGAAGAAUACAACUGUGCCAUUCUUUACGAUCCUCAAAACGCAGUGCAUGCUUACAACAAUCGCGCUGCAGCUCAUAUCAAACUGAAGAAGUAUUUUUCAGCCAUAGCUGAUUGCCAGGCUUGUUUGCAGCUAGAUCCAAAGAAUGUCAAGGCCCAUUUCCGCAUGGCAGAGGCUCUCAAUGCCGAGGGAAAACAUCUAGAGUCCUUGUCAAUGUACCAAAAGGUCCUAGAAUUGGAGCCGGAAAAUGUGACUGCCAAGAAGUCCGUGGAGAAGCUAACUUCGCUGCUGGGCGAGGUGGCUCCAGCCAGUGCCACACGCUUGAAGAUUGAGGAGCUCGAUCCGCCGGAACUGAAGACUGCCGAGUCCAAGAAACAGCUGGCUAAAACUGCCAGCACACCACCCCCUAAAGACUACGAUCUAGCCGAGUUGAUUAAGCCAAACCGCAUGGCUAAGAGCAAGUUGGUCUCGGCCGCCGAGGCCUUGGGCAAUAAACUCCAGGCCCCCAAGGGCGGAGCUCCCCAAAAGCCUCCACUUCCUCCAACCCCUCAAGAGUCCAUGUUGCGUUUGCCACAGGACAACCUCAACACUGGCAAUAAACUGCUGAUCCAGGAGAUUUAAAGGUGUUCCUGGUGUAUCUAAAAUAGUGUGCUGGUGUACUAAUACAAAUAAAUGAUGGCAGAGUCACUGCUGCAGUAGUUUCUUCA